AACCUGCGCGGGCUGCGGUACCGCUUGGUGGACGCGAGGGGCGAGGUGCUGGGUCGAUUGGCGUCGCGGAUCGCGGUGGCGCUGCAGGGUAAGGAUAAGCCGACGUACGCGCCGGGCGCGGGGAGCGGGGACGUCGUGGUGGUGGUGAACGCGGGGGAGGUGCACCUGACGGGGGAGAAGCUGAAGAAGAAGCGGUAUCAUCGACACACGGGAUACGUCGGGGGAUUGGUGACGCGCACGGCGAGGGAGAUGUUCGAUCGAGAUCCGACGUGGGUGCUGAGAAAAGCGGUCGAACGCAUGCUGCCGAGGUGCGUGCGGAGCAAGGAGACGAUGCGGAAGUUGAGGGUGUUUCCGGGGGCGGAGCACGCGUUUGAUGAAUCGAAAAUGUCGCGCAUGGAGGCGCCGGCGCGA